CGAACGUCCCCUUGGAUACUUCUCGGCGCGAGACGCGAGAGACAAGUAUUGGAAAGGGCAGUUGGCAGUUUUUGGCCUUUGCCCGUCGCGUUCCGCUUUCAUUAAUGGUCUCAAACUUUGCGAUUCGUUGAGAACGAUUUUUAAGCGUCAAUUUUUAUUUCUUUCCCCUCGACGAGUCUGCAGAGUUAAUAUAAGAUUGGAAGGGUCGGCGGCAGCAGUAUCGCUUGCAUGGCCAAUAUCAAUAUUUGGCCUCGCGCCGAAGUCUGAUAACGAUGACAGGAGCCGCGCGUAAUACUCGAUAACGGGACUAGCCGCGCCAUAAUGUGACGAGUGAGCGAGAUCGGGUGUACUUUUCGCGGAGUUCGCGCGAAUGCUACAAGAUUUACCUGCUGCUGCUACGUCUAAUUGUACGUUUUUCCCUCUUUUCAUCUUUACGUCGGGGACCUCGGAGCCUCGGAGAAAUGCAAACACAGGCAAAAUAAACCCAACAGCAUCUCAGUCGCCCUGGCUGGCUACUUCCAGCAAUCAAACCGAUCGGAUAUUGGAGGAGAAACGAGGUUCAAGGCUUGUUUCCGACAAUCGCAGCAAAUCGCACGAGCUGUGUUCUACGUGAAAUAAUGGAAGCUCUUUGCUCUUCUGCACUCACUCCAAAAACUGGCGUCACAACGUUUUACUUAUACCUAUGCAAAAAUAGCCCGAUUAAUAAUUAUUGCAAAUUGGAUUGAAACUUGCCUGCUACAGUAUAGAGAGCUCUCAAUAUAGGCGCGAGCCCCUACACUGCAUCGGAAAAACUCUUGAAUUUUUUCCGCUCGCCAGAUGCUGCAGCGGUGCGGCGCCAGUUGCUAGGCUAAUGGAGAAUCGCAGCAGUUCGACUCGUUUCGGCGCUGCGCGUCAUGUGAAAUACCGAUCGCGCGGUAAUCUCGAUUAUCGAAUUAAUCACUAUAUACGCGCGCGUUUUCACGAGUCGUUGACUCUCUAGUAUCAGCGGACUCGUUGAUCGAUCGAGCGAGGGAAAAUGGGAGAGAAAGGAGAAAGAGCAGCUCGCCAAUCGAAUUUCCUCCUGCAUUUGUCCGGACGGGAAUCGCGCACUUUCUGGCACCGAUACACAUCAGUGAGACGAUCGUUCACGGCUCGCAAUCGAAUUCGACAAUGGAGACGGCCCCCUAAAGCUUCUUCUCUGCUUCUCUUGCAGGACAUCGAUUACGAGGGCUUCAGAAAGUUUCUGGACACCUACCUCGACGUCACGACGCCCGACGAGCUGUCCCGGCAUCUCUUCCUCUCGUUCGUCAAGAGGGGCCCUCGCGGCGUCGACGGCAGGGCCUUCAAGGAGAUGGCGGUGCUCUCGUCGACGACGGCCUGCGCGGCGAUAACUUCGCACACGACCUCGAGCAGCAACGUCAACAGCACGGGGAUGGGCUCGGGCGCAGCCGGCGGCGCCGAGAGCCACGGCUCCUCGCUCGCCGACAAGAUUCACGGGCUCACGGAGAAGCUGCAGGCGCUCGGGCACCACAGGACCGACAGCGAGGCUUCCUCCAGGAUGCGCACCGGAAGUGUUCACCCGAUGCUCCUAGUGACGCACACGUCCUACAGCUGUCACGACGUGCUGGAGAAGAAGAGCACCGACAGCAGCCCCAGCCACAGCCAGAUGUCGCGCAACUCCUCGCGCAAGUCCAACAACUCGCUGCUCGUCAACAACGGGAAAUUGGAAGGCUGCGCCGAUCGACGUCUGCUUCCAGAGAUGAGACACCUGGUGAGGAAGCAGAGCACGAUAGACGUCCACUCGGUUAAAGUCAGCCUGAAGGACAUCGUUUGUUAUUUAUCGCUCCUGGAGGCUGGCAGGCCCGAAGAUAAAUUGGAGUUUAUGUUCCGGCUCUACGACACCGACGGAAAUGGAGUCCUCGACACGAACGAGAUGGACUGCAUCGUCAACCAGAUGAUGAACGUCGCCGAGUACCUCGGGUGGGACGUCUCGGAGCUUAAGCCGAUUCUGCAAGACAUGAUGAUCGAGAUCGACUACGACGCGGACGGCACGGUCUCGCUGGAGGAGUGGAAGCGAGGGGGUCUCACGACGAUCCCGCUGCUGGUGCUCCUGGGGCUGGACUCCAACGUCAAGGAGGACGGCAACCACCUCUGGAGGCUCAAGCACUUCAGCAAGCCCGCCUACUGCAAUCUCUGCCUCAACAUGCUCGUGGGCCUGGGCAAGAAAGGUCUUUGCUGCGUUUUCUGCAAGUACACGGUGCACGAGCGGUGCGUUCAGCGGGCGCCUGCCUCCUGCAUCGCCACCUACGUCAAGAGCAAAAAGACCUCGCAGGCGAUGGCCCACCACUGGGUGGAGGGCAACUGCCACGGCAAGUGUUCCAAGUGCAGGAAAACGAUCAAGAGCUACAACGGCAUCACCGGUCUUCACUGCAGGUGGUGUCAACUGACGCUGCACAACAAGUGCGUCUCGCAAGUGCGCGCCGAGUGCACCAUGGGCGAGCACGCGGUUCACAUACUGCCGCCCACGGCCAUCUGUCCCGUGGUACUGGACCGGCAAAGGUCGCUGUCGCGCGACAGCAAACGAGGCAGCAAGCACGGCCAGGACUCCUCGUCCGUCAGCUCCGGAGGCUACCUGUCGACCGGCCCGUCGGCGCAGCAGCCGGCCAUGUCCUUUCAGAUAACGCCGCUGCCGAACACGACGCCCCUCCUCGUCUUCAUCAACCCCAAGUCCGGCGGCAGGCAGGGCGAGCGCAUGCUGCGCAAGUUCCAGUACAUACUGAACCCGCGGCAGGUCCAUAACCUGGCGAUCGGCGGACCCAUGCAGGGACUCCAGAUGUUCAAGGACCUCGAGAACUUCAAGGUCAUCUGCUGCGGGGGCGACGGCACCGUCGGCUGGGUGCUCGAGACCAUGGAUCGAGUGCAGUUCGAGCAUCAACCCGCGGUGGCCGUCAUACCCCUCGGAACCGGCAACGACUUGGCCAGAUGCUUGCGCUGGGGCGGCGGCUACGAAGGAGAGGCCAUACACAAAGUUCUCAAGAAAAUCGAGAAAGCCACGCCGGUGAUGAUGGACCGAUGGCAAAUCGAGGUGACGGACCAGUCGGACGAGGAGAAGAAGCCCAACCAGGACAGCAUCCCGUACAACAUAAUCAACAAUUACUUCUCGGUCGGCGUGGACGCGGCCAUCUGCGUCAAGUUUCACCUCGAGCGCGAGAAGAAUCCUGAAAAGUUCAACAGCCGCAUGAAGAACAAGCUCUGGUACUUCGAGUACGCCACGACCGAGCAGUUCGCCGCGAGCUGCAAAAAUCUUCACGAAGACCUCGAAAUUAUCUGUGAUGGCGUUCCCCUGGACUUGGCGCACGGCCCGUCGCUACAGGGCGUUGCCUUGCUCAACAUUCCCUUCACCCACGGAGGUUCGAACCUCUGGGGCGAGCACCACGCGCGACACAGGAUUGGCAAGCGAAAAAAGCGCCCCGACAAGGAACUCAGCACCAGUAGCUUCAACUCCGUCGAUCUCACGGCGGCGAUACAAGACAUAGGAGACAACCUCAUAGAGGUCAUCGGUCUGGAAAAUUGCUUGCACAUGGGCCAAGUAAAAACGGGACUACGCGCCUCCGGAAGGCGAUUGGCCCAGUGCAGCAGCGUCCAGAUUACCACUGCGAAGCGCUUUCCUAUGCAGAUCGACGGUGAACCUUGGAUGCAAGGACCAUGCACGAUUAACAUCACCCAUAAGAAUCAAGUGCCGAUGUUGAUGGCCCCGCCGCCCGAGAAACGGAAAGGCUUCUUCCGGUUUCUCCGCAGGUGAACUCUUCGUAAUCGAAAGAAACACAUCUACGUUUACUUACAGCGUCUAUAUAUACCCACGUAUUGCGGAAGGAUCAAAACGCUUCCUGCCUCCUCCUAGUCCUGUAUACUAUACAUAUUAUAUAGAUAUACAGUUUAAAUUGCGUCACGGCGAUGACACAUUCUUAUUUAACAUCACGGAGCGUCCGACAUCAAGGAAGCGCGAAUCACCCAAACUCGCAAACGGUCUCAACGACUAUGAGAAUUUAUUAUUAUCGCUAUAAAUUUAUUUCAUCGAAUAAAACAGUUUUAGCCAAUCGGUCAACAUUGGUCCAUCGCGAACAGAGGAUAAACAACAAAAACUACACUUUUUCAGUUAUAAGAAUACAGUGCGUAAUACUUAUUAUAUGCGUGUAUAAUAAACUUAAGUGCAAUCGUCGACGAUCUCGCGGAACAAUACGAACUGAAGGAAAAACAUUCAUCGUUAUCAAAAUAUUAAAACACGUUGCGCUGAUAGACCGUCGAUACGUUGUAGAUAUGUCUUCGUGUACAGUAUUUUCAAAACUAUGAUUAUAUUAUACUAACAAUAAUGUCGUUGCGCAGAGCCAUAAAAGCUUAUGGUGCUAAUGACGAAAUAGAACGCUUAUUAACCAUUUAACUAUACAUUAACUAUAUAUAUAUAUAUAUGAAGAAAAGACGUGCAUGGUAUAAAUGAAAGAAUAAUACAACUGUGCAUAUUAUCGUAUCGCGCGAUAUAAAGAUCACGAAUGAAGUGUUCCAAUUCCACAGUUCGGCUUUUUUUUAACUAUAUAUUACGACUAAGACGAACUCAUGUUUAAUUAAUUAAGUACAACACUACUAACCCCUAAUUGUUGCGUAUUAUUAGUUUAUACGUUCGUAAAAGAAAAUCAAUUGUAAAUUUGCUGUUAUCUCGUUUACUUGUUUGCAAGAUAAUUUCAAUAUGAUUUUUAGUCAUUAGUCAUAUAUAUAAUAUAUAAUGACUGUAAUAAUACUUUGAGAAUCCAGUAGCCAGUAGUAGAUAGUCCGGUUUGUCUGAAAUGUGUGCAUAAUUUUUAAGAAAAUAACGAUGCGGAUCAUCAAAUAAAUAAAAUUAUGUAAAUGUUUCUUUAUGUACAUACCUUUAACAUGAUGUAUGAUUCUACAACUAAACCAUUCUAUAGCCGCUAUUCAUGGAUUAAUUAAUUAAACACUUAAUUAUUUAGGUGUGAAAAACGUGUGUGUAAUUAUACAUCAUUUAAGCGGUAAAGUACUUUCUAAAAGACUCCAUGCAAACAAUUGUGAACAUAAUAAAAAAAAUGAAUGUAUGAAUGAUGCGCGUGUACCCCAAGAAAUAACGAAAGGUAAAGAUUGCAGUAAUCAAAGAUAUUCGCAAUUGUCAUUGAAAAAAAAAAGAAAAAGAAAACAUCAAGUAACGUAACUCAAAGUCAAAAAUUUAUUGAAAAAUGUCCUAUCUUUGUAGAUAUAUUAAGGAAGAUCUAGUAGAGUUUGAUUGAAUUUCAUUUUAUUUCGAUAAAGCUUAUUUGAAGUUUUCUUGGCUGUUGCAGUAAUAACGCGUCAAGUCUAGUCUUUUGAGAGUCUCUCUUGAUUACAACAAUGAUAAAUAUAUAUCAUUGUGUGAAAGCACAGGCUAACAUGCAUACAACGUUAUAAACUUUCAGGUUUACAUUUUUCUAUUUACGUUUAAGUCUUUUAAAAGUAUUACACUUUUUUGUUAUAUUAAUUUUAAGAUUUUAUGUACAAUUCAACUACAUCUGCGAUGUUUAGCUUACAUUGUUUAUUUUAUACUUAUAAUUAUUGGUGCAACACAACCAUUAUAGCAUGUCCCUUACUUAUAUGAACACAAAUUUUUUUUACUUUUAAGUUUUGACUUCAACGAUUUUAUAUACUUUCAUUUGAUGUAUUUUAAAAUGUACCCGCGGCGCUUCUGUCAUUUAAUGAGUCUCAAAUGCAUUUUAUUUAUUUGUACAUUUAAUAGUAAUAUAAAAUUUACGAAUAAUAGUAAUAUAAUUGAUAGGUCUAAAAAUUAUUUUCAUUUUUCUUAUUUACUUUCUACUGAACACAGCACUAAGGUUUGUGUUUUCCACUGAAUGUCUGGUCGACUUUUUUGCAUAUUCAUAUGGGUGCUCUGAAACAACAUCUUCUAUAUACUAAUAUUUCAGAGAAAGCUUUAUGGCUAAAACGUAAAAUGAACACCAGUAUGGACCACAAUAUAAGAUGUCAAAUUUUCCGUCCGUCUGAUAGUAGAAAAAAACUACGUAAUUAGCUUGUAAUAAAAUUAUUUCUUCCUAGGAUUGAAUAAUUAUUAAAAAAGACAAAUAAGUAAUAUAGAAUAUAUCAAUAACAUAAAACGUCGAUUUGUUUCUGAGCACUCUCGAGCUUCUGAUGAAAGAUGAUAACAAUUUUUUUAUUCUCGUAUGUACGAAAAUAUUUAUAUUUGAUAAAGCUUAUAGCUUCUAUACCUCGAAGGAUGAAACGUUAAAAAAAGAAUUCAAGAAUUCUAAUAGCGUACAAUACAGCUCAAAAUUAUUGUAUCCGGUCGGGACCAUGUCAUAAUAAGUAUAGUUAAAAUGAAGAUACUACUGUCCUCUCUCUCUCUCUCUCUCUCUCUCUCUCUCUCUCUCUCUCUCUCUCUCUCCCUCUCUAACAUAAUUACUCAAAAUCAGAGUAUGUUCUACUUACUUCAAAUUUAAUUAUACGCGUAACUAAAGAAAAUAUUAGAAGGAUGUUAACUAAAAAGGCAUUUUUUUUUUCUUAAAACAGAUCUCUAUACAAUUGAAACAUUAAACUUUUAGUAAUUUACAAUUUUGGCAAAGGUAUAAGAUUAACUGAGAACCUGAAAUAUUUAUAUAAAGUACUACGCUUAUAUUCAAGGAUAUAACUUUAAGAGAUGUAUAAGAGCUUUAUGGACAAAGUAAUGUAUUAAAUGAUGAUUUGAGUAUAUGUAUAGAUAUAUAGAUAUAUUAUCACUAUUUGAUAGCUAAGCUAAUUUUUAUGAUUUUGAAAAUGUUUUUUUUUGAUUUUAUUAUAAAAUUUGUUUAUAUUUUCUACAUGGGAAAGUAUAAGCUCUAGUUGAUGUCGUAGCGUUUGAAAAAUGAUGGUUAUCGACUUAUUUUAGUUGAUGCAUCAUUUCACAAUCAGCCACAUCAUAAAAAAAUGAUUAAACAUUUUAAUGGCCACGUAUGCAGGGUCAUAUGUUACCUAUAGCGCGCUCGAACUGUACGUAGCGUCGAAAGUUAGUAAGUAAAAACAUGCAACUUUUCUUAGCCAGAACAAAAUAUAACAUUGAAAAGGGUCAUGCUACGCCUUCAAGUUGCCUCGCCAACCUUUAAGUGCAAUGUAUUGUAUUAUUAUUAAACUUAUUGGUGAAAUAUUUUUUUGUCACCAAUCGACGCAGAGACUUGGUGUGCGACAUCCGAAAAUUCGGUGAAUAUAUUUUUUAUGAAACUCAAGUGAUUUUAGAAUCUCGUUGCGGGUUAUAAGGGAAAAUGCAGGCAUGCAAGAAGUCUGUAAUUUUAAUUAAUAUAAUAUUAUCUUAAUAAUACUAUAAACGUCGUGUUUAGUUUCAUGUAUGUAUAUUAUCAUAUGAUAUUUUAAAAUGUUAGCUCAACAAAUGUUUAUCAUGAAAUUUAAAAAAAAAGUAUACUUUAGCAAAGCGUUUAUUAAAAAUAGACAUUAAGUAUUAAUUGCACAUGUAUCUUACUUGCAUAAAGAAAUUAUAAAUGUAAUACUGCCAUGAUUUACUUUGAAUCUGCAUUUAUUUGAUUGAGCACUACUGCCAUUUUUUAAAGUUUAGACAUGUAUAUGUACACUGAUACAAUGAAAACCCUGUUUAUAGUGUAAAUUAAUCAAGAAGCGUAAACUGUAAAUUUACUGUAGAGAUAUAUACAUAUAAUACAAUAAAUGUAGCUAUAAAUGUAAUAUUAUAUUAUAUACAUAUACACUAUGUAAGUGCAUAUAUAUAUAUAUAUGUAUACAUACAUACUAGUGUUAUAUAAUUCACUGUGUACUUUUUUUGACGGCUACGAACGUACGUUUGUUUCUGAUUAGCGAUUCAACUUGAAUGUCAGAAAGUGUAAAUUUACUUUAUCGAAAUCUAAUAAUAAAAAGCUUUCAGAGUUGAUUAUUUGAUUCUUUUGCGACGCAAAUCUAAUCCCGGUGUUACAUUUGAAACCCCUGCAAAAUUGAAAACAAUCCUAAAUUACUUACGCAUAUAUGUAUGUAUACACCUGUGCGGUGAAACCCAAUCAGCGCGCGAGAACUGGUUGGUCUAUUCUCCUUGUCGCGGUUGCUCGAUCGCGUCGUCAUCUUUCGGUGACACUUGGCAGGCGCAACCUUUGAUGCAACUCCGCUGAUGCAAAUUGACUGAUAAAUAGUCAUCUUUAUGUUCGAUUUAUCGCUGAUUAGGGACGACCAUUAGGAAAAAAUCAAGCAGAGAACAGUUUAUAACACGCCCUCUCCAAGACUUUACCUAAUGGGCGUCCUCUUCCCGAGGACGCCCAUUCCCGCGGUGGUAGAUUCUUCAAAUACCUAAUGAAAAACAUAUUUACAAUACAUGGGUUACAUACAAAAUUUAUUAUUAUCAAAAUAAACAUGCAAACGUAGAAUAGUGUACACUAUUAUACCGAUAAAUAAUAUUAUAAAACAUGAAAUAAAUAAAAAGAAAUUACAUUCAAUCAGGCAUACAAACAGUAAAUAACAUAUAAUAUAAAGGAAAACUGAAACAAAUAAAAAUAUACAAUGUCAGCAAUAAUGAUUUUAUUAGGGGAAUAUAACAUUACUUAAUUGGGCAAUGGCAUUAAAAAAAAAUGGUAGGAAAAACUGAAACAAACAAACAUAAACAUUGUCAGUAUUAAGGAAUUUAUUUGGGGAACAUAACAUUUUUUUAUUGGGCAAUGACAUUAAAUAAAAUAUAAUGGUAGGGAAAACUGAAACAAACAAACAUAUACAUUGUUAGUAUUAAUGAUUAUAUUUAGGGAACAUAAUAUUAUUAUGCCUGCAGGCAUUAAAUAGAAUAUAAUAAGUAAAAAAUAAGUUCUGGACGGGAGGGGGGGGGGAAGACGUCUGCUACCACGCGACGUUGUAGAGCCGGCUGAGCUGGACUGCCGGGGUCAGGAAGAGCCGCACCUGAAACAGAAAAAAAAGUGCAUUAAAAAUGAAAAAAUGAUUGGGGGUCUAAUUCAGGAGAAUGGGAAAGUGGGAUAAUAAACCAACAAUAAAAAAUGACUCUAAGUUAAAAAAUGACGCUAAAUUAAAAAAAAAAAAACAAAGUGAAGCAUCGUCAAGGUGACAGACGAUCCGACGAACUGACUUGUGUACCUUCCAAAUCGGCGAGGAACAACUCCUAUGCAGGAUUCUUAGAUCCACGCCGAAGCGUGACAACCCACCGGUGGCUGAACCCCAUUGCCAAAAUGAAAAGUCCACCGCCGGCUCACAGAAAGCCUGAGCAGCUUGACGAUGCAUUUUGGAAUGUGUUGGUUUAUCAUACCACCGAUGUGAAAAUGGAAAUGAAAUGAAAUGAAAAAUGAAAUGAAAUGAAAUGAAAUGAAAUGUAAUGAAAAUGAAUGAAAAUGAAUGAAAAUGAAUGAAAAUGAAUGAAAAUGGGUGAAUCGGAAAGUGGGAUAAUAUACCAACAAUAAAAAAAUGACUCUAAAUUGAAAAAUGACUCUAAAUUGAAAAAUGACUCUAAAUUAAAAAAAAAAAAACAAAUUAAAGCAUCGUCAAGAUGACAGACGAUCUGACGAACUGACUAGUGUACCUUCCAAAUCGGCGAGGAACAACUCCUAUGCAGGAUUCUUAGAUCCACGCCGAAGCGUGACAACCCACCGGUGGCUGAACCCCAUUGCCAAAAUGAAAAGUCCACCGCCGGCUCACAGAAAGCCUGAGCAGCUUGACGAUGCAUUUUGGAAUAUGUUGGUUUAUCAUACCACCGAUGUGAAAAUGGAAAUGAAAAAUGAAAUGAAAUGUAAUGAAAAUGAAUGAAAAUGAAUGAAAAUGAAUGAAAAUGGGUGAAUCUACUCAGGUUCGGCGAGGGGGAGGGGUGAAGGCAACUUCGCGACGUAGCAGAAAUCCGUGGGAGAGCCGCACCUGAAACAAAAAAAAAACAAAACAAAAAACAUGGGAAAAAUAAUUGGGGAACUGAUUCUCGAGAAUCUAAAAGUAAAAAAAGAAAGGGGUAUUAAAUGAAAUGGAAUUAUACUAGAGGGGGAGGGGGGGGGGGAGUAUCUGCAACCUCGCGAAGUCGCAGACUGAGUCGGGGGGGACGGGGCUCGGGAGUGGGGAGCUCCUUCCAGUCCCGAGCCCCGGUUCCGACUGAGCCAGACUGCCAGCCGAGGGCUCCUUAUAUACCCUCGGUGAUGGCUUGGCGGGGUUCGGGAGUGGGGAGCUCUUCCCACUGCCGAGCCCCAGAGCCGACUGAGCCAGACCACCGGCUCUGCGCUCCUUUUAUACCCUCGGUGAUGGCUGGGCUAGGGUGGGGGAGUGGGGGGAGUUUCUCCCACUACCGAGCUCCAGAGCCGACUGAGCUGGACCGUUGGUUUGAUCUUCUUUUUUAGUCGCGCGGAGACGGCGAGGUCCGAGCUUAUAGCUUCUAUACCUCGAAGGAUGAAACGUUAAAAAAAGAAUUCAAGAAUUCUAAUAGCGUACAAUACAGCUCAAAAUUAUUGUAUCCUGUCGGGACCAUGUCAUAAUAAGUAUAGUUAAAAUGAAGAUACUACUGUCCUCUCUCUCUCUCUCUCUCCCUCUCUAACAUAAUUACUCAAAUUCAGAGUAUGUUCUACUUACUUCAAAUUUAAUUAUACGCGUAACUAAAGAAAAUAUUAGAAGGAUGUUAACUAAAAAGGCAUUUUUUUUUCUUAAAACAGAUCUCUGUACAAUUGAAACAUUAAACUUUUAGUAAUUUACAAUUUUGGCAAAGGUAUAAGAUUAACUGAGAACCUGAAAUAUUUAUAUAAAGUACUACGCUUAUAUUCAAGGAUAUAACUUUAAGAGAUGUAUAAGAGCUUUAUGGACAAAGUAAUGUAUUAAAUGAUGAUUUGAGUAUAUGUAUAGAUAUAUAGAUAUAUUAUCACUAUUUGAUAGCUAAGCUAAUUUUUAUGAUUUUGAAAAUGUUUUUUUUUGAUUUUAUUAUAAAAUUUGUUUAUAUUUUCUACAUGGGAAAGUAUAAGCUCUAGUUGAUGUCGUAGCGUUUGAAAAAUGAUGGUUAUCGACUUAUUUUAGUUGAUGCAUCAUUUCACAAUCAGCCACAUCAUAAAAAAAUGAUUAAACAUUUUAAUGGCCACGUAUGCAGGGUCAUAUGUUACCUAUAGCGCGCUCGAACUGUACGUAGCGUCGAAAGUUAGUAAGUAAAAACAUGCAACUUUUCUUAGCCAGAACAAAAUAUAACAUUGAAAAGGGUCAUGCUACGCCUUCAAGUUGCCUCGCCAACCUUUAAGUGCAAUGUAUUGUAUUAUUAUUAAACUUAUUGGUGAAAUAUUUUUUUGUCACCAAUCGACGCAGAGACUUGGUGUGCGACAUCCGAAAAUUCGGUGAAUAUAUUUUUUAUGAAACUCAAGUGAUUUUAGAAUCUCGUUGCGGGUUAUAAGGGAAAAUGCAGGCAUGCAAGAAGUCUGUAAUUUUAAUUAAUAUAAUAUUAUCUUAAUAAUACUAUAAACGUCGUGUUUAGUUUCAUGUAUGUAUAUUAUCAUAUGAUAUUUUAAAAUGUUAGCUCAACAAAUGUUUAUCAUGAAAUUUAAAAAAAAAGUAUACUUUAGCAAAGCGUUUAUUAAAAAUAGACAUUAAGUAUUAAUUGCACAUGUAUCUUACUUGCAUAAAGAAAUUAUAAAUGUAAUACUGCCAUGAUUUACUUUGAAUCUGCAUUUAUUUGAUUGAGCACUACUGCCAUUUUUUAAAGUUUAGACAUGUAUAUGUACACUGAUACAAUGAAAACCCUGUUUAUAGUGUAAAUUAAUCAAGAAGCGUAAACUGUAAAUUUACUGUAGAGAUAUAUACAUAUAAUACAAUAAAUGUAGCUAUAAAUGUAAUAUUAUAUUAUAUACAUAUACACUAUGUAAGUGCAUAUAUAUAUAUAUGUAUACAUACAUACUAGUGUUAUAUAAUUCACUGUGUACUUUUUUUGACGGCUACGAACGUACGUUUGUUUCUGAUUAGCGAUUCAACUUGAAUGUCAGAAAGUGUAAAUUUACUUUAUCGAAAUCUAAUAAUAAAAAGCUUUCAGAGUU